AAUUGAAUUACAAUCAUAUAAUAAUGGUUAAGUUUGUUUAAAUACUAAGUCUGAAGAACAUGUUAUCGAAGCUCAUUACUUGUAAAGAGACACUGCUUCGAUAAACUUCAUUCUUAGCUUCCUCUCUAAAUUAAAAUCAGUGUCUCAAUCAAAUUCACUCACAAGAAUUGCAAGUCAAAAAAAAUAAUGAAAUUCUUAAACUAUUAGAGUCAAAGUGCAACAGUCUAAAGACAGAAUCACAAGAAGAGUACUUCCAAGUCAUGGAAUAAACCAUUUAACUUCUAGAUUAGCAACUCCAACUAAUCAAUAAAAGUAUGAAACAUGUUUAUUUUUUUAGUAAUGAAAAAGCAAAAUAUUAGAAACUAAAUCAAAUAUUCUUCCUUAAGAUCAAAUAUUCUAGAAAAAGCGGCCAAUCAUUUCUAUGAAAUUUGGUAAUUUGAUUCUGAAAAUAUGGAUUACCUCAAAAAAUAUUUAGAUGUAUAUAUAUGUUAUCUAUUAAAGAUUGUAAAAUGUUUCAAAGGAACUUUGUGUGAUCAAUAUCUCGAAGGACUUUGCAAAUAUGCACAAUAUACAUAAGAGUACGAAGAACUUGUCAACAUCUAUAGUCAGAUUGAAAAAAAUAAAUUUUCAGAGACAUAAAAAAGAUGUGCCAUGACUCUUUUCAUGUUAACUCAAGAUGAACUCUACUAUGAACACUUCCUUCUAAAUGAGUCCAAUUUGUUGGAUUAAUCAUUUGAAAUCAGAGUAAUUGUUUUAAUCACUAUAUUAGUUUCAUCUAUUUGCUACUCAAUAUUUCCAGUAAUAGAAUUGCUACCAUACAACAAAAUUUCACAAAUAAUAAUGUGAAGAUAUGUCAUCCGAAUAUUAGAGAUCCAUUGCAAAAAGCAACUUGGAACUUUAAUUGUCAUUCAUGAAAAACUAAAGCAAUCACUGAUUGUGAUUUGUAAC